CGACAGAGGCGUCAGGUCACCUGGGAAGAGUCUGCAGAGCCUUUGCCCGCCAGCGCCUUGGCUCUUUGGGUUCCUGAGUUAGUCCGGUUGUUUGCGAUCGCGGCGGCCGGGGCUGCGAACCCAAGGCGCUCAGCGCCUCCUAGGUCUCUACCUCAUCCGUAGGUGUGGCCCUGAUGGUGCGGCAGGCUCUGGACUCCUAAAGCUCUGGAGCGGUAUGUGGGGUCCACGGGCGGCAGACAAAGCAGUGGAGCCGGGAAGGCCGCGGGAAGCGGCCCCUGCACCGAGGCAGCGAAUCCGCCUGGGAGGGGCGCCCCGCCUGCCUCUUGUCAGAUCCAGUAGUGCGUCCCAGUGAGGCGCUUUAGCACGCUCUACCUCCACGUGUCCCGUGAAUCUGUUAGCUUUGCUCACUUCUUCUCUGUCCCCCUCACAUCCGACUUUUACUAACCCCAGCAUUAUUGAUGGGUGUCAUCUCAUCUUUUCAUCUCUCCAGAAUUUAAGGUUUUAUUCAUGUGCAUGGCAUAGAAGAUGAAUUCUUCCACCUCCACCAUGAGUGAAGAGCCUGAUGCUCUGUCAGUAGUUAACCAGUUACGGGAUCUAGCAGCAGAUCCAUUAAACAGAAGAGCCAUCGUCCAGGAUCAGGGAUGUCUGCCUGGCCUUAUUUUAUUUAUGGACCAUCCCAACCCUCCAGUCGUCCACUCUGCUUUGCUUGCUCUUCGAUACUUGGCAGAAUGCCGUGCAAACAGAGAAAAGAUGAAAGGAGAACUGGGUAUGAUGUUGAGCUUACAAAAUGUUAUACAGAAAACUACAACUCCAGGAGAAACAAAACUUCUGGCCUCUGAAAUCUAUGACAUUCUUCAGUCCUCCAAUAUGGCAGAUGGUGAUAGUUUUAAUGAAAUGAAUUCACGUCGAAGGAAAGCUCAGUUUUUUCUGGGAACUACAAACAAACGUGCCAAAACAGUGGUUUUGCAUAUAGAUGGCCUUGAUGAUACGUCUCGGAGAAAUCUAUGUGAAGAGGCUUUGUUAAAAAUUAAAGGUGUUAUUAGCUUUACUUUUCAAAUGGCUGUUCAAAGGUGUGUGGUGCGAAUCCGUUCAGAUUUGAAAGCUGAGGCUUUGGCAUCAGCAAUAGCAUCAACCAAGGUUAUGAAAGCUCAGCAAGUUGUGAAAAGUGAAAGUGGAGAAGAGAUGUUGGUCCCAUUCCAAGAUACUCCUGUGGAAGUAGAACAGAACACAGAGCUACCUGACUACCUGCCUGAGGAUGAGAGUCCCACAAAGGAACAGGACAAAGCGGUGUCCCGGGUUGGCUCACACCCAGAAGGUGGAGCUAGCUGGCUGAGCACAGCUGCAAACUUUUUAUCCAGAUCAUUUUAUUGGUGACUUCACUUUGGGGCUCAAGGACUGUGUGAACCAACAAGGGGCCAGUUUUCCAUUGCUGUGGUGAACUGUCAAGUGCAAUUUGCAAUAAGUUAUCAUGAAAAGUUUUUAGAUUACAUGAUUGCGUAUGCUGCAUUUUACAUUUUAUUGGACAUUUUACCCCACUGAGUGGUAAAAAGGACAGAGGCUACGGAUGGAGUUGCUUUAUUAUGAAAGUAUUUUGGUUUUGUUUUCUUUCAUUUAAUUGCCUCAUAUUUAAAAACCAUGGGUCCACUGUUAAAACACACGUGUAUGUGCAGCUUUACAUUUUAUUUUACAUGAAGCACGUGAUUAGGAAAACUCGUUUUCUCCUCAAGCCUCAGGACCUACCUGAAGAGAAGUUUUCUUGUAGCUCAAGUUGUGCAUGAAUUACUGAAUAUUUUACUGUGCUUUUCUUCAUGAAGGAUACAUACUUUGUACUCUUCACUGAAAGCUGGAAACAUUUCUUGUUACCCUCUUUUGUGCCUUUUUAUUUUGCCAACCAUGUUUAUAGAAAGGACAUUACUAACGACAUUUUGCAAAGUAAAAACAUUCAUUUGAACAUAGUCCCCUAGAAAAACAACUCUACAAAAAUUUUGCAGCCUUAUUCAUUAUAAUUUUAAUAAAAUUAACACAAAAUCAGUCAAGAAGAAGGAAACAUGUAUAUUAGCGAAGUGUUUUUGGAGACUAUUUGAAUGUGACCAAAUGUGGUUCUGGUUGACUUCUUUUCACUUUGGCUUAUAUCAGCUCUUGAGAGUUAAGUCUGAUCAUGAUAUUGCAAACAACUGUAAAUGGUCUCUAGGCCUUACUUUGUGAUUAUACGUUAUCUCCUGCUAGAAAAAGAUAAUGUAGUAAAGAACUGACAAACUGAAAAAAAGAAACAAAAAUCAAAUGCCUAUAAUACCCUAAUGCCACUUUGGUAUAGAGUCUAACUUUAAAACAUGAAUUGCUCGACAGAAUUCUAUUCAGUAGGUGUUUCUUUGUAUUGCCUUUUGUGAAUUUUUUAUGAAAAUGCUGCAGUUGUGUUGAAUGAAAAAGACCCAAAUUAUAGCUUAUGAAGAAAUAAAGCCAGGAUUGAUCACUUAAUCCUGUUUCUCAUGUCCAGCCAGAAAAAAAGAACUUCAGUGAAGGUAAGAUAAAUAAAUAAUACACAUAUAAUACUUUUUUUGGUAGUUAAGUGCUAAUUACAUAUAUGUAAUACUUUAUUAAAUUUCUGAAAUAUUUGGUAACUAAAAUUUUCUUUUUUGGAAAUUAAUAAAUCUAGAUACAUAUUAAUGUUGAUAUGACUAAAAACAAGAAGAAACUGAAAUUUCUUUUCAUCAACAUGUAGAGCUGCUAUUUUACUAUUUGGAGAAUAUGAUGUGAAAAUUGGACCCCAAAAGGUUUCCUUGUGUUUUCAUUGUAAAAUACCAUCAUCAGUGAGAGUCUUGAGGUCACUAACAUUAUCACCUUCUGGAGAGAGAGUUACUGGAGGCAUGGAGGAUGAUAUUUUUUUUCAUGUGUUUGGUUUCUCGUUCAAGUGACACGCACAAACAAAAAAAAACACACAAAAAAACAAAAAAAAACCCACAACUUUCAGGGCACCUAUUGCUCUAAAUGCAUAAUAUAACUUGCUGCCAGAACCAGAUGUAUUGAAAAAAGAAAAUAAAACCACCUUCUUUCUAUAGCCAUUAAAGCAAAGUUUACUGUUCUAACAAAUUUGUAUUUUAUUUUGCAUUGCCACACAUCUGCUUAUUUAAAAACUACAUCCCUUUGGUAGUAAUGUUUCAGGACAAGUAGGUAUUACUGCUUGAUGUUUGUGUGUUCUAAUUCUAAGAGUUCUUUAUUCCAGAUCAUAUAGAGCAGUUAAGGCAACUGUAACAGCAUUUUUUGAAAUACAUUGUAAAAUAAUAAAAGGUAACAUAAUUAAAAUUGAGUGGAUAUUA